AUGCCAUGGUUCAGAGCAGGCCGACCCUUGGGUCGCAAAAGAGUUGGACAUGAAAAACUUAGCGACUUAACAAAAACGAACGGCUAUGAAGACCUCAAGCCCAUGCUGCCCUUGAACCCCCAAGCCAAUGAUGCACCCCUGAGCGUGGAUGCGAGGGGCGUGCCUGUGAUGCGCCCCAAGAUUCUGCGGUUCUUGCCUCUCCUUCAGGCUCCUCGCCUGAGCUUCACAGGCGGCGACCCGCUGCACAUUUCUGCGGAAAGGUCCAUAAACCCACCGCCCAGGACGAACGCAUUCUGCUCCACGCCCACUCGCAAACGCGGCGCCCGCCCCUUCCCCACCUUCUCACCCACCCAGGAGCCCAAGGCUGACAUUCGGAGUCCUGCUGACCUUCCUGACCCGCCGCUCUCACCCGCCACCCACACUCCAGCCCUCCAGCAAGUUCUGCAGACAUUCAUCCUCUAA